UAUAAUAAUGGGUUUUUUAAAAUGUUGUACACUCGUAUCCCCUCAUGCUUUGAAUUCCAUCUCCCCAUUCACUUCCUGACCUCUCUGGCUUUCCGGUCCUCUCUAACAUGCACGGUCACGCACCACGAGCCCUCCUGUAAUAACUCUCAAGAGCGAGAAGCAAAGCAGGCCCCAGAACUGCCGUGGCCCUUUUGACCCGGGCGGCCCGGUGGUCAGCUUCAUUUCCGGAGGUGAUAGUAACUAAAACGGGCUCAUUAAGGAUCUCUAAGUGGCUUUUGGGUUUCUGUGUCACUCUCAGAAGAAGCUCUGGAAGUAUAUAAGACAUGUCCGAGAACAGAAGAAGCAUCGAGGAGCAUCUGGAAGCAACACAUCCACCGCAUCUACGUCAAGAGAUUAAGCAACAGCAGAAAUGACUGGAGCUGCCGUGUCCGUGUGCCUCCUGCUCCUCCUGUCUCUGUGUUCGGCGUGUUACAUCUCUAACUGUCCCAUCGGGGGGAAGAGGUCCAUCAUGGACGCACCGCUGCGAAAGUGCAUGUCGUGUGGCCCCGGAGACAGGGGCCGCUGCUUCGGCCCCGGCAUCUGCUGCGGGGAGGGCCUCGGCUGCCUGCUGGGCUCCCCGGACACGGCUCGCUGCGUGGAGGAGAACUACCUGCUCACCCCCUGCCAGGCCGGAGGGAGACCCUGUGGAUCUGAGGGAGGACGCUGCGCCGCAUCAGGCCUCUGCUGCGAUGCAGAAAGCUGCAUCACGGACCAAUCCUGCCUCGGCGAGGACGAAGGAGACGACCAGAACGGCCAGUUCGAAGGCAGCGACCCCGGUGACGUCAUCCUCCGGCUCCUGCAUCUGGCUGGCCUCAAUUCGCCCCAUCGAGUCCACCAAUGAGCUGCCGCCGACAGCGAGGUCUCAUGGGAAACUCUUCAGCCGCAGAGACGCCGUGGGACUUGUAGUUGUGUAGU